AUGUCUGGUCAGUCCGUUGAUCAAACAGCUGCAGUGCCAGCGUCAGCCAGGCGCGGCACAGAGAAGCCCGGCGUUGUCAUCGCUGACACAGAAGCGCUCCCGGAUGAUGUUGACCUGAAGAUUCGUGAUAGCGAUCUCAGACAGCGGCAAGUCUUCAAAGGAUGGACACUUCUGUUCCUAGCCUACCAAGCAACCGGGGUCAUCUAUGGUGACAUUGGAACAUCGCCGCUUUACGUCUACUCCUCGACCUUCUCUUCCCCACCCACCCGAACGGAUGUGCUAGGCGUGCUUUCAUUCAUCAUCUGGUCGCUUACAUUGAUCGUGACUCUGAAGUACGUCUUGGUUGUGCUCCGGGCCGACGACCAUGGGGAAGGUGGGACGUUCGCCAUAUACACUCUUCUGUCUCGAUACAGUGACAUUAUGAAACGGGAUCCGAGAGUCUACCAGCUCGCCAAAACAGAGCGUCACAAGAGCGAAGACCUACAUGUGCACAACGAGAAGAUUAGGUCCUGGUUAGAGCAGAGCAGGGUGGCUCACGCAAUUUUGAAAUUGCUGGCAGUCUUUGGUGUGAGCCUUGUCCUGGCUGACGGUGUCCUGACCCCUGCGCAAUCUGUGUUGGGAGCCAUUCAGGGCAUCAAAGUUGUAGACGAUGGCAUCAAGACACCUACCAUUGUGGGAGUCAGCUGCGCCAUACUGGUAGUACUGUUCUUGGUCCAGCCGCUCGGAGUCCAUCGCGUGUCUUCCGCAUUUGCUCCGAUUGUCAUCAUUUGGCUACUGUUCAACGGCUGCUUCGGAAUCUACAACCUAGCUCAACAUGAUGCAGGAGUCCUAAAGGCAUUUUCGCCAUAUUUUGCUGGAGCCUGGCUUAUGCGCACCAAGACUGAAGGCUGGAAAAGCCUCGGCGGUAUUCUUCUCUGCUUCACUGGAGUGGAGUGCUUGUUUGCAGAUAUGGGUGCCUUCAGUCGACGAGCUAUACAGCUGUCUUGGCUUUGCUUCGCGUACCCAUGCCUACUGCUUGCGUACAUCGGACAGGCGGCUUAUCUCGCAGAAUCGCCAGAGGCUUACAGCAACCCGUUCUUCAAUACUGUGCCUCCCGGACUUUUCUGGCCAUCGCUGGUCCUCGCUAUACUGGCUGCGAUUGUGGCCUCUCAAGCUACCAUUACAGCUUGCUUCCAACUCUUGGCUCAAAUCAUGAAUUCGAGCUACUUCCCGCAAAUCCAAAUGCACUACACUAGCACGAAGCACCAUGGCCAAGUCUAUAUACCAAUCGCCAACUGGGUACUCAUGGUGGGCUGUGUCAUCGUCACCGCCGUAUACAAUAAUACUACGAAAUUGGGACAUGCAUACGGAGUAUGUGUCAUCUUGGUGACGUUCAUCACCACCAAUCUCGUCGCCCUGGUCGCUGUCAUCGUAUGGCGCGUCCACCCAGCCAUUGCGUUCCUGAUCUGGCUGCCUCUCAUCACCUUUGAUGGGCUUUUCCUAUCUGCAUCACUCGUGAAGGUGCCUGACGGAGCCUGGUUCACCUUGAUGCUUGCUGCUUGUCUAGCAGCGUUUUUCGGACUCUGGAGGUACGGCAAAGAAACGCAGUGGACAUGCGAGGCAAAGGACAAGAUGUCCCUGAACUCACUGGUGGCCACUACUCUAAAUGGAGGGCAGAAGCUGUCCGAGAAAUAUGGCGGCAGUGAGCUGUUCAAAAUCGAUGGCCUCGGAAUAUUUCUAGACAAGUCUGGCGUCUUCACUCCGAAGGUUUAUGAGCAGUGGCUCAGGAAGUUUCGUGCUCAGAUGGACACAGUUGUUUUCAUGCAUAUGCGCGCACUAAGCGUGCCUCACGUCUCGGAAGAGGACCGCUUCGAGAUCUCCGAGACCAGUAUCAAGGACGUCUACCGAUUGAUCAUUCGCAAAGGAUACAGCGACCAUGUCAUAACGCCUGAUUUGGCUCUACUUGUUUGUCAAGAAGUACGAUCCCUCAUCGUUCGGCAGGGCUUGGAUGAUCCUACAACCUCUGAGCGAGUCAAUCGCUUGGAAGCGGCAUCUGCAGCUCAAACCUUAUAUCUGGUCGGCAAACAACAAAUGCGGAUCUCUCAUUCGUACAACUUCUUCAAGCGUGCGAUGCUGGAGAUCUUCCUCUGGACCCGCGAGAACUCUAGAAGUAAAUUCGAGAAACUGAAUGUUCCCGCGGAGAAGGUUGUCGAAGUCGGUUUCGUGGGUGAGAUUUAG